ACUAAAGAGUUUCUCUCGUAAAUGUCUGUAUAUGAAUGUUUGUGUUUGUUUAUUAAGUGAGCAGUGGAAUGAAACACGUAGUUUGUAGAACAUGUACUGACGAAUGGUGAAGAAAAAGCGCCCGAACACGGUGAAUAUCUUAGUAACAGGCCGUUUUUUUUAUAACCUUUGACAUGACGGAAAGAUCGCAGCGUACCAACAAAUUAAUAUUAUUGUAAAAGACAAGAAAGACGUGACUAUUUAAAUCACUAUAGUGCACCGAAACUUAUAAUGUCAUCGACCAGUCAUGACAACAAAAUGCAAUUUUUCUUGCAACUUUUGGACCAUAACAAUCGUCUAACAAUAGGAAGUGAUGAUACAACAACUCUUCAACAAACCUCUUGGAGAUGACAGUGCCUCCAACAGUGUGAGUGGCUCCGCUGUCCCAAGCCCUGUCACUGUCACUCAUGAUGCUGUAGAAGAAGGAAAAGAAGAUAAAAAGCCUCCUGUUUUUAAACAUCCAAAUUUCCAGCAUUCUAGCAAGAGCAGCAACAAGAAGAGAGCCUGGAGAUCACUCAAGCAGAUCAUUGCACAGGAACGAAUGCUUCCAUGGGGAGAUGAUUAUAUCCAUUAUGGUAAUAUAGAUGCACCACCAUCAUUCAAGCCUUCUAAAAAGUACUCUGACAUAUCUGGAUUACUGGCAAAAUACAAAGACCCACAGACAAAGUUGCUGUAUGCCAAUGCAGAAGAGUUUUCAACUAUACGCAGUUUACCAAUGGACAUAACAGCAGGAUACCUUUCAUUACGCAGAGCAAAUAAUCCAAUGGGAUAGAAACAUUGGACUCAAGCAUCAAAAUAAAAGCUCUAGUUUAAUGAAGUUUUCUUUUAAAAAUGUAUAAUUUUUAUAUUAAAAUCUGAAAAACUG